AUGGGAAACCUAACUCCAAAUUUGAAUGCUACUUCUACUGCCACACCAACCCUCGCGGUUGGUUCUACGAGCAAUACUGUGUCCUCCAGUCGUACUGCACCAGCACCGACUCCGGCAAAGAAGUUCGGAAAAUUCACCGGGAUUGAUUUCAAACGAUGGCAACAAAAGAUGUUCUUCUAUUUAACUACUUUAAGCCUUCAAAAGUUUAUUCAGGAGGUCGUUCCAGUUCUGCCGGACUCAACAUCUGAGAAUGAACGUUUUGUUGUAACUGAGGCUUGGAAGCACUCAGAUUUUUUGUGCAAGAAUUAUAUUCUUAGCGGACUGGAGGAUGAUCUUUACAAAGUCUAUAGUAAUGUGGGAACUUCAAAAGAACUAUGGGAUGUGUUGGAAAAGAAAUAUAAAACUGAGGAUGCCGGACUGAAGAAGUUUAUCGCUGCUAAGUUUCUGAACUACAAAAUAGUAGAUGUCAAGUCUGUUGUUACUCAAGUUCAAAAGUUGCAGGUUAUCAUCCAUGAUCUCCUCGCUGAAGGUUUGGUGAUUAGUGGGGCGUUUCAAGUUGCGGCAGUGAUAGAGAAGCUGCCUUCUUCAUGGAAGGACUUCAAAAAUUACUUGAAACACAAGCAAAAGGAGGUGACACUUGAAGAUCUCAUCGUCCGGUUGAGAACCAAGGAAGAUAACAAGGCAGCGGAGAAAAAGUCUAAUGGGAGAUCAACCAUAGGGGGAACACAUAUUGUUGAAACUGCCCCAACGAAUCUGAAAAAGAGGAAAAAGGCAUCGGGACCAACGAACUAG